AUGGCCGGAGGCUUGCCAGAGGGUUUGGUCAGCAAUAAGAAGGGCGUUACAGUCGGGAUAGACGAGGCUGUUACCUUCGAAGCUGAGGAUACUCUGAAAUUAUGGCGAAUCUACUCGUCAGGGAAUGCAGCCAUUGCAGAGAAUGUGGGCCAAAGACUCGAGAACUUCUUUUGGAGGAUUGCGAUGAGUGAUCGUGUACGAGAGCGUCUAAGUGGUGCGCUGAUCGGUAGGCAAUUCAAUAGCAUAAGCCAGGGUGGUUACAUCAGAACCACACCAACGCCAUCCCCGCGAUCCUCAAGAAAUCUAGGUAGCUAUGACAGAGGAGCUCGCUCGAUUACCUCUACCAAAAGUACAGUGUCAAGCUCGCCAGCCUCGCCCAAGGCUGAACCUGUUCCGCCUGAUGAGAAAUUGGAGGGUCCCUCAGUCACGCCAUCGCUUCAAAAUUGUUUACAAAUGUCUUCAGAAGCCACUACCAAGGCAAAGGAGAACAGGCAAACAACAACCACUCGGCCGCCGCCAAUACUGAAGAAGUUAAGCUCGGGCUCUAAUCGAUCAUCAAAGAGCUCCUCUGUUUUGUCUCCAGCUUCCCGAGAAGUAUGGUCUACUGCAGGUGCUGGCAAUGAGGAGGCUGUCAACCUCGACGAUGAUGCCAUACCUACAGAAUCACUUGUUCCCAUCGCCGGAAAAUCUGCCCGUAAAUCGACUACGACACGCUUCAAUGAGGAGGUCGCGGUAUCGAUUCCCAAAGUUUCUACCGUCUCACGAUUAUCCGGUGGUCGUCUGUCUGGCGAAAGCAGUCAGCGAUCCGGAAGGAGGAAUCCUAUAGUAGUGGCCACUGCCGGUGCGAGUAAGAGAAGACCCCCUGUCAUGCGGCAAAGGUCAUCGCAAGCUUCCUCCUUUGGCGUCUCGAAAGACGCACCUUUGAGAAGUUCAUCUUCACCAAAUUUGGCUCGGAGUAUGAAGCCUACUUUUACGAUCACCGCUAAGAGUCCCGGCCAAGAAGCAGAAACGGAAGCAUCAUCGCUAAGACGAUUACGAGCGGCAAGUCCGCAUCCUUCGAAGCAUCGCAGGGGGUCGCCCCCAGGUCCACCAUCCGGCGAGGAACCGGCGGUUGACUUUGGCGGUGAGGAUGCGGGGGCACAAGAGCCUUCUAGGAACCCAAUCUCAGGACCUACGCUUGGUGAAGAGAUAGCUAACGCCAAUCCUGAGAUAUCCAAACCCCUUGUGGAUCCCGAGUUCAGGUCUAAAUCUGUGGACAAGACACGACCCUCGCACCGAUCGUUCACGAACAUUUCCACCUUUGCACGCAAAUCCACCGCAGCUGUGCCAACAGCUGCCUCGUUCCAAGCCUUAGGCAUGCUAGACACAGGCCAAGGUACACCCACUGCCGGCAGGAAUAAGGGCAAAGAGGCUUUCAAAAAUGAGAUAGUCGCGCUCAAAGCCCCUGCAUCCGCGGGACCUGAGCCACCAGCUGGGACCUCCCAGCCGUUACCGAGGACGAAGGGCCAGCUUACGCUACUCCUCGAGAGGGAGCAGAAUCGGUCUGUGGGUCAGGAACACUGA